UCUAAAGUGCCCGGCGCGCGCCUCCCGCCGCCGCACUUUCACUCUCCAACGCCGCGUUCGCUCCGCGUCCCUUCUGAGUCCGCCAGCCGCCCCCCGGUGCCAUGAAUAUCAAGGUCGUCGUCGUGCUGGCCAUCGUGCUGGUCGCGCUGUGCCUCAGCGACGGAAAGCCGGUCAGCCUGAGCUACAGAUGUCCUUGUCGAUUCUUCGAGAGCCACGUUGCCAGAGCCAACGUCAAGCACCUCAAAAUCCUCAACACUCCGAACUGUGCCCUUCAGAUCGUGGCAAGGCUGAAGAGCAACAACAGACAAGUGUGCAUUGACCCGAAGUUGAAGUGGAUCCAGGAGUACCUGGAGAAAGCUUUAAACAAGAGGUUCAAGCUGUGAGAGGCGCAGGUGGGGUCAGAAGCCUGAGGAAGCCUUACAGUAGGAGCCCGGGUCUGAAAGCAGUCUAGGAAGAGCCCGCAGGGGCUCCCCUGCACCCAGGCAGGGCCCAGUGCAUUUCCCAGGGCUUCGUUUUGCACAGUUUGCCUUACUUUCACCAUUUGAUUAUGUAGCAAAAUAUAUGGUGUUUAUUCUUCAUUUAGUUUGAUUAUCCAAUGUCACUGGUGACAGAUAGGAACUUAGACUAAGGCCAUUAUUUUACUUGCUUUCUUAUAAUAUCUUUCCCAUGGAGCCGCUCGCUUGGCCAGAGGUUCCUAAGUGUUGGAUUUCCCUGAGCUGUGCAGGCUGGGCCCCCCGACCAUCCUGUCCCAGGAUGGAGAGCCACCUGGAGGUAUCAGAGCCAGUCGGCCUGGCCAAACCCUAGUGAAGGCUUCCCCAUGCAGAGAGGGGGGAGAGUUAGGGUUAGAGGGCCAGGCAGGAGCCUCACCCCUCCCCAGAGUGAGAGCUGGAGUCUUCCCCUUUGGUGAUAAUCCCAGAGCUUCCCGAACUGAGGCAGGCAGGAGUGCGAGGCCAGGGUAGGGGGAGAUGCGCCCCUCAUCCUGAGUUCUUCUCUACAUCCCAUCACGUUCUUCUCAUCAUUCUCUCUCUCAUCCAUCAUCAUCAUGUGUAUCCAAGACUGUCUCCAUAACCCCGGAAAAAGACUCUCUCAAGACCAAAGCUUUAAUUUAAACUGGGCACCAAGAAGCAAAUCAAAAUGUCUCGUGUUACCCGGUUCUGAAAACACUGUGCACAUCUGUGUCUUGUUCGAAAUAUUGUCUGUUGUCCAAUCAUGUGUUCUUGUUCAAAGCCAAUGUCCUCCAUGCAUGCACUGUCAGCUCCUCGUAUGCAAAGGCUCAGAGUCGGGAGACAUCUUUUGACCAGGUUUCUGGUGGGGGCUGUGAGUCUCUUGGGUGGACACCCUGGGUUUCUCUAUUGAUCACAAACCCAGGGUGGAUCUACAGAGCCCAAGGGAAUUCGGUUUGCAGCAGUGUUGACCCGUGAGGACGCCAGCCCUUCAUGCUUCCACAGUUGUCGAUAUCUCAGAAGCAUGGAGAGUUUUGUCUCCCUUGCCAGCGCGUGAUUGUUUUGGCAAUCACAUGGAAAGAGUCCUCCACUCUUUUUUGGUUUUUGAAAACCUGAUCCACAAAAUAAUGAGUCCUGGAUGUGAAGAUUCUUUCCCAGUUAAACUCUAACCUCAUCUUUUUCCCCACUUGGCAAUCCCAUCAUCUGCUACCUUGUACAGUGGCCUCUGGACUUGGCUUCCAGAAGUCCAGCAGGGUGUUCCUCUUAGAAAAGGGGAUGUUUAGGAAAGUAGGUUAAAACCCUGACAUGUAGAGUUGCAUUAAACAAUUUAAAAAUAUCACUUUUUGUACAGGUAAACACUUGAUGGGGUUUUGCUGUUUGUGCUUUGUUUUACAUUUUGUCUCACUAAUACUUUGCCCCUUUGGUUAAAUAGCCCAGGAAAAUUUUUUUAAUUAAGAAAGCUGAAAAAAAAAGGGCAAAACUAGAAAAUGUAUCCACUGAAAGGACACUGUAAAUAACAUGCAGAAAGUGUAUUAUAGUAAAAUAAUCUUGAAUUGUAGGUGUUUUUAGAUGUAAUAAUCUUUGGGUUAUCAGUAACAUUAAGCAUUUCCAUAAAGAUUCCCUUAUAUACGAUCUUCAUAGUAGAAAGCUAAUCCCUCAGCCAGACAAAAAUUUGUAUCUUCAAAUCAGCUAUGUUAUAUUGAAUUAUAUUGAAUAAAAUAGAAUACAGGGACCUUUAUUAGUUAUAAGGAUUACAGAACUGGUCUCAGGACCCUCUUUUGAAAUUAACCUGUCACUGCAGGUCUCCUGAACUAUAUUAUACGUGAAAUGAUCAAAUUUUCAGUGGGACGGGCAUUUUCUAAGUAAUCCAAGAUAUUUAAAACGCUCAUGGAAAAUUUGGACCCCUUCUCCCCGGGAAUCCGUGAACCAGAACCAUUAUUAAAUCUGUUACUUCCAGAAAAACAUGGCCCUAAAUCUUGACUACAGUCAAAUAAAGAAUCAUUCCUUUCUCUCCAAUAGAGAGAAAAAUAGAUCAGAGUAGAAACUGCGCGGAGAGUUAUCUGCCUAACAAUUGUCCUACUCGCAAUCUGCUUCUACCAGAGACUGCCUGGCGAAAGCGAAUAUGCAUUUAAAUAGUCUAUUUGCAAAGGAAAAGGCUCUCCCAGCCCCCUUUUGCUUUAAAAAUACAAGUCAAGUGCAUCCGCUGAUUAGGGGUCACCCCGCUGCUCCUUCUUGUCCAGUGCUGCUCCCCCUGACCUUCCCUUGGGCUCCUUGUAACUUCCAGGGCAGUGCUCCCCUGCCAGCCUUUGCAUCAGGACCCAGGCCGCUGUGGGGCCGGGGUGGGCCGGGGACACGCGGAAGUGCUGCGUGUUUGUAUCCGAAUGUGCUCCAAGUGUUGUGUGUACUGUUCUUUGUCCAGCGCUGGCCAGGUACUGAGACCCCAGCGAGGAGGCCCAGGAGGGGGACCCUCUGCGUGUGGGCCUGUCCUCCAGAGAAAGGAGGUUCAGCUUGGAGCAGAGGGGCCUGAAUAGCAAAAGGUUACAAUCCCGCCCCCGCCCCCGCCCGCUUUGUGAAGUCCAGAGAACUUCUAAGCUUUUUCAUCGGAUCCGAUUUGACCUUCCUUUUCUGACCGCUGCCUGAUGUUAUGGCCAUGGGCUCCCCCAACCGGGAGUUUAUCACCCCCACCCCCGCCCCGGGCAGCGCACCUUUCUGCAGCCAGAUGUCUACUGUGGGGUCCCUGUAUACAUCCCUCCUGACCCAUUCCGAGGGACCCCCAUCCCUGGGAAAUGCUGUCUAGAAACCGUCAAGUCCCCUAAGCAGACCACUGACAUGGCCAAGUUGAAAAAACCUCCCAGGCUACUUGUGUGUCAGUAACCUCGCUGGCUUCUCAGUCUCCGGGCAGUGAUGGGUUCAGUGUUAAAUGUGAGGAAUACUGUAUUUUGUGUUGUUUAAAUACAUCUCCCAGAUAAUGUGAAAAUGGUCCAGGAGAAGGCAGCUUCCUGUAUGCGGUGUGCUUUUUUUUUUUUUUUUUAACAAAUAACUCCUUUUGAGAAACAACCAUUUCUACUUUUAAGUCAUAUCAAUGAAAAGAUGUAUAUGCACUUACAAUUUUCCUAAUAAAGACAUGUAUUCAAAUGUAA